AUGGAUGAGUACACAGUCAUCGACUUGGAUCCACUCGCACUACCUAACCCUUUUGUGCUGAAAUCAAACAGCUGCGACAGAUACUUGAGCUACAUACUUGAUGAAGAAAACCACAAUCAUGAGAUUGUUCAAUUCUCCGGAGAGGAUCCUAAGAGGGAGCAGUCAAUCUUCCAAGUAGAGCAGGCAAACAAUAAAGACCAUCAAGAGAAUCAUUACGAGCACAUCAAAUGCUCGUACAACAAGAAGUACUUGAGAAGGAUGGACAUAGACAAGCAAUUGAUCAUGGCAGUGGCUGACCGACGAGACGAAAGCACAAAAAGUUGGGGUUGCACAUUGUUCAAGCCCGAGCGUGUCGGACAGGCCAGCAAAAACCACAACAACGUGCUCUGCCGAUUGCGCCACGUGCAAAGCGGCCUCUACACAAGGCCAUUUGUUGAGAAUAGAUUCGAAUUACGCCUCAACGAUGAAAGACCUGACUCUCAUGGAGUGGAUGUCUACACAGCCAUCUGCGGCCUUCUAUGA